AUAUGACAGGUGCGGUGUAUUUACGCAAUCUGCUGAUAUUAAACAGAAAAUUAUAGGCUCAGCAAUCCUCACUAAAGAUGGGUAAAGCAAUGUCUGUUGUCGGACGGCAGGUGCAACGUUUUAAUGUAGAAAAUCGGGCCCAAAAAGUGAUAUCGCAAGCAAAACCCAAACCGGCACCAAAGUACGAAUCCAAUCUGCGUGAUCUGGAGCGUGUGCUGAAAGAGCACCCAGAAAUUGUGGAAGAACAGAGCCGUAAGAAUGUGCAGUUGGAUGAAAACUUGCGCCAAGUGUACGUUACCUCAAAAGAUGUCGCGAUUGAUCCAAAAGCUGCACAAACACAGGAUCCAGAUAAACCUCUGCCGAUAAAUCGCUCCACAGUGGAAGAGUACGAGUUUGGUCAUCUCGAACCGCGCACAGUAACGAAGGGUCGCUGCACAUUACGGCAAGCGGUACAAUUCAUUGCAAACCAUCAAACCGAUCCACAACAGUGGACCGCAGCAAAGAUAGCAGAGUACUACAGCAUGAAGGAAACGCUAGUCAAAAAUAUACUCAACCACUUUAAAUCGUUUGAGGUGCAUUUACCGGACAAAAACCUUGAACGGCGCCGAGUACUAACACGAGCAACAACGGAAGCUCCGAAGCAGAUUGAGUAGAAAAUAGAAUCGGUCCAACAACAAAAC